AUGCAUCUUAACAUAAAAGGCAUAGCAAUGAAUAUGCAAAGAGGGGGGAAAAAGAAAAAAAAAAAAAAGAAAAAAAAAUUCCUAAACCAGUUGAAAAGUUUUUUCCAUAUUGUAAGGACAAAAUUUUGGAAUGUAGAAGGAUACAAAAGGAAUAAGAGAGUGUCCAUACUAUAUUAUAAUGAUGAUGAAUACAUAAGCGAAAAUAAUAGUAACAUCAUCGUGACGGUGUUUCUUUCCCCCGUGCGGUCAUUUCUCCGGAACAAGGCAAGGACAACUAUAGGGAGGUUUUUAAAAUGGAUUGGGUUUUUCCACAUAUGGGAAAAUAUUAAGCUCUUCGUUCCAUUUCAAAAUGGAAGAUAUGAGACAAGAACAAAAGAUCUGGAAGGGGAACAGAAUCAAAUCACCCUACAUAAGCUAGAUCGAUGCGUUUUCCUUGACGCAAUAACCGACAACUUGUCCAACAAACACAUAAUACAAAUAUGCAAAAAUUAUUUAACGAAUAUGUUAUUUUAUAUGCACAAUGGGGACUCCACUAAUGGGAACGUAAAUUAUAAGGAGAGUAAAGAAAUAGCAAAAAUAAAAAAGUUGUUUAUCCACAAGGUUAACAAUUUAAAGGCCUUCAAUGCAGAAAAUAACCUCUACAUCAGUGAUGAUUCCUUAAUAAAAAGAAUUAUGGUUCGAGACAGUACGGUCACACAUCAUCAUUAUCAUAGAAGCGAAAUGAAGGAGCCCAGUAAUUUUUGCAAAAUAAGGAAAUACGAGAAAGACUGUGUGAGUGCAUACUACAUUCCAAAUGGGAAUCCUUUAAGGAGUAACAACAACGGAGAGUAUAUUUGUAUGAACUACAAGAACAGGCAUCAUUUAAUAUUUCGCUUGAUUAUUAACCGGAUUAGAACAUUUUAUUUUUUCGUUUUUUUAAUAUCCUUUUUACUUCAACAAUCAUAUCAUUUUAGGACAAAUAAUUAUAAAUACUUUGCUCUUAGUUUUUUUUUCCUCUUCUUCGUUUCUGCAUUGAAAGAUCUUUACACGAUAACUCAGAGGAUUGCCACUGAGCGGGAGGUUAAUUCUAAAGCGUGUAGGCGAGUCACUCCUGUUGGCUUGGUGGAUAUCCCUUGCUCUGAGAUCAAGGUGGGCGAUAUACUCUACCUAGAAGAAAACGACGAAUGUCCCGCAGAUCUGGUUCUCCUAAAAUGCAGCCACGAUGAUGUAUAUGUGUGUUCAAAAAACCUGGACGGAAAGACGGACCUUAAAAUGAGGAAGAGCAUUCUGCUUACAUCUUACUUACCAAGUAUAUAUGAUCUCUUCAGGUUAAAAAUAAAAGUGAUGCUUCAGAAACCGCAUAAACGUUUGGACAGAAUGAAUGGCAUAUUUAUGCUUACUAAUUAUCAUUCCUUUGUUAAGCGUAUGUACAGCGACUUGGUGUGUUUACAGAACACAUUUUUCAAAAAUGCUAAUGAGAAUUUUCAUCCUGCCAGCGAAGUUUUUAAUUAUGUCAUUGAAGACACCUACAUUGAGAAGACAUACAAAUGUGUGGAUUUCCUGAUACGGGUGUCUGCAACUCCUUUGGAGGAAUCAUCUGUCGGGGAAGCUUCCAUAAGUUCGUCAUCCAAGGAGGGAAAAAUUGCCCCAACUGGAGGGAUAAUACGCACUGAUAAGUCUGCCCAUCUUGGCCACCUCUGCAGCACCAACUUGGUGAACCGACCAAGCGAAGCACAGGACACCCAUUUCGAAAGCUACAUCAGUAAGUUAGAUUCUCAGAACUCAUCACCCAUUGUACGUGAUGAAAAUGAAGAACACUACAAAGAGCAGAUUGGAACAGAAAAUAUCAUCUGGUGUGGUAGCAAAAUAGUGAGGGGAAAAGUAUAUGGUCUCGUCGCCUACGCAGGAGCAGAUAAAAAAACAAGUAUUAUAGUGAGUAGAGGAAAAAAUAUAACAGAUGAAGAUUGUAGAGCUAAAAGGAGAGCAUUUCAUAUGUGGUUAAUUUUGGUAUUAAUAGUAUGCCUCUACUUGUGCUUACAAGGAGAAGGUCCACUUGGAACAAGUGCCUUAAUAAAUUUUGUUAGGUACUUCCUCCUGCUACUCCCAUACACGCCCUACGUGAAUAACAUGUAUGUUUUCUUAAUCAAUAGAAUUACGUUUCAUAUGUUACUGAAGCGACAAGCCAUUCCACAAUUCUCUCUGCCUAACGUUGACAUCGCUGAUCGGAUUAGCAACACGUCUUUCCUUCUAUGCGACAAGGAUGAAGUGGUGGAUAAAGUGGGGUUGAAGUUACGCGGAGUUCACUUUCUGCUUGGCGAGCUGGAAGAGAAGAAUGGGGGUAAUAGGCACAAUGAGGGUUGUGGUGGUGGUCACAAGGGUAACCUUCCCUACUGGAGAUGCUUCCUGCAAGCACUCCUAAAUAUUGUAGACUUCAACUCCUACCUGUGUGCACCAUCCACAAAGGGAUCACAGAAAAAUUGCACACUUUUGAAAUGCAUAGACCGGCACAAACUACCAAAUGGCGGAGGAAACAAGGGAGACAAAACGGAUAAGCUGUACAGAACAGUCUUCAGUGAUAUCUUAAAUUACACUGCGGAUAAAUCGAAUAAAAUGUUUUUAACUCUUCUAUGCAUGCUAUUUUGCAAUGUAACAAUGCUUAGCAGAAGAGGAGGUUUAAAAAAAAAUGGAAAAGAGCACACACUACAUUCAAAGUGGGAUUCCAUUUACUCUCCAUGUUUGGAGGAGAACGUUUUCAUAGACUUCGUGAAGUCUUGCGGCAUGGACAUUUUUAAAAAAAAUGCUUCCAAAAUUGCCGUUGGAAUUUUAAUUCCUACCAUUACACAUAACGAAAAAGGGAAAAACAAAACACAUAUUGUGAGUCGAAAUAGAAAGACCAAAGGGACGGAGAAAAAUGUGUGCAAGAAUUUAGAUGAACACUCUUCGGAGGGGAGGAAAAAGAAAAAAAAAAAAAAAAAAAAAAAUUUGCCUGAACAUGUCAGGCAAAAAUGUUGGCAUUUUAAAAAUUCACUACAAAAUGGGGGUAUUUUUAAAUUAUCCAACGUGGCUGAAAAGGUAGACAUGGGCGAGGUGAAAUGUGAGCGAUUACGCAUGUGUAAUAACGAGUGGAAGGAACGUUCACGAAGUAACAGUAGUAACGGUUGCAGAGGUGGGUAUAACAUCACCUGUGGGAAAAGGCGCAUCGCGAGAAAUGGUGGACACCAUCAUUGCCGCUCAGGCAGUGGGGACCAAAAGGGAAAAAAGAAAAAGGUGAAGACAUAUAACUUUGAAAAGAUAGAAGGAUUAUCUCUAGACUGUAACGACAAAGUCAUAUGCAUGCUCAUAUCGUACAAUGAAAAAAUAUUUAAUUUGGUUAAGGGACCUGGGGAGAAGAUUGCUAAUAUGUUGUCUUGCGAAAAGCGAAAAAAGAAACUAAGGUCGAUUUCAGGAUCCUUCUGUGCCAAAGGCUUUCGUGUAGUUGUUUUUGCGUAUAGAGAAGUUGCACAGAACGAAUUAGAUGAAUACAAAAGGAUUAGCAACGAAGAGCAAAAGAAACUUUUUUUUAAAAAUGUGUUCGCUAACAAUGUAGUUGUGCUAGCCAUUGCGACGCUAAAGGAAGGUAUAAACGAAAAUGCAAAGAAGUGUCUGGAUUUGUUCAAAAGAGCAAAAAUAAAAACGUGGAUUCUCUCUGGGGAGAAGAAGGAGAGUGUUAUAGCUACCUCCACGUCUUUACAGUUGCUUACACAAAGGAAUUACCUUUGUCAUCUAAGUAGGAGAAGACUCACACGGCUGGUACGGAACAGAAUGGGGGCAUUCAAUACAUUCCAGAGUAGUCCCCUAUCUGGUACCUACACCAACUGUCCUUUCCCCUUAGGGGUACCAUCUCCCAGUGGAAGUAUAACGUUUCGAAAAGGAACCUUACCUGUGUGCUACCUCUGCAGUGAACACUGUGGUGGAUGUGAUCACGACGACUGUGUCAUGAAAAAGAAUAGGAGUUCACACAAAUUGGUUUUUCCCAGAGCGAAUGCGAUAGAUGAAACAUGCGCUUCCAACGGAUGGGUCAACGUGGGUAUCCAUACUAACGGGGAGAACAAGAACGAAACAGUAAAUUGCCUUGAAGAUAAAUUAGAGAAUACCCGACAGAUAUGUGGGGAAGCGAAUACGGUUUCUUUUCAUCUCCCACUUGAAAAUGUCUUACCCAAAAGGACAACUAAAAUGAUUUCACUACAAAGGGAUGGAGCAUUAACAAAUGCACUGAGCGAAAUGCUGUACCAUUUUAGCUACCCCUUUAUGGGGGCCGAGAGAAAAAGGAAACUUGAAGGGAAAUAUAAAGAGGGGAACGUACAUUUCGAUAAGGAAAGUCCAGCUGACAUUGAAAAUGAACAACACUUCUAUCGAAAAAGCGAUACACAAAAGAAAGUGCGUAAUGGUCCUUCCCCACAUAACCGUGUGUACAUCGUGAAGGGAGACAUAAUUGACUACUACUUGAAACACAGGAAAAAGGAAUUCAUAAGAGCACUAACCCAAGCUAGGUGUGCCCUCUUCUACGACUGUAAUUCUAUCCAAAAGGGGAAGAUAGCCAGAUGUCUGCGCACUGUAACAGAUGGAAAACAUAGGGGUGAGCUUCUAUGCUCAGUAGGAAACCAUGCGAAAGACAUAAACAUGUUUAAUGAAUCGGAUAUAGCUAUCCGUGUGAAUAAACAUAGAGGCACGAAUGUGAGCAAUCUCUACGCAGAUAUGGAGGUGCAAACUUUUGAAGAUCUUGGGUGUAUAUUUUUUUUAUAUGGUUACAGAAUUAGUUGGAAUGUUCAUUCCUUCCUUGUGGCUAGCUAUUACAGAGGAUUUACAUUGUUAUUUCUACAAUUUUUUUUUUCUUACUUUUUCGCUAGUUCGUUAUCUAUCUUGUCCAAUAAUUUCCUAUUCACAUUUUUCGCUCUUUUGUUCAUCAUCACGUUUGUGAUGAUAUCCACUCCGGAGAAUGAUGAUGCGCGGAUAGGAUACACCGGUGGAGCUAACUACCAACUGUUGCGGAGAAAUGCAGUGCGCAAGGGAAAUUUACAACGAAGGUUGUUUUCCCUAAAAUGGCUUUGUGCUACAAUGUGGAUGGCACUAUACCAGGGCUUUGUCCUGUUUAUGCGGGGUUAUUGCUCGCACUACGCGUGGGGUGGUUUCCCCGCUUGUGCUAAUCCCAUAGGCCACCACUCCACUGUACCAGAUCACCACUACCGCCUCGGCAUGCAUAACGAAAUCUACGUGUUUCCUCCUUUAUUUAUCACGCAUAUAUUCCACAGUGUGUUUUUCCUUUCUGCAUCAAAAAGAAAAUUUUAUUUCCUCCCGCUUGCAGCCUUAUUUAUUUUAUUUUUAAUUGCCUACAAAAUGUUAUUAAGUUCACUACAUCAUUUUCGCUUGCCAUUUUUUUUCCAAUUAGAUUUGGCCUUUUGUGCAUACACUUCUGUUACUCUUGUCAUUCUUAAUGUGCCGCUUGUUAUAUAUUAUGUGUUUUUAAAAUGCACAACGGGGAGGGCAAAAUCGGCAGUUAGGCAUAUGAACCAAUCUUUUGAACGUCUGUGUUCUGGUGCCCAUCAGAUUGUUCAUAUUGGGAGUGUCAGUUCUUCCUUCGAUACCGUUCCCUCGUUUUGUAAGUGA